CAAAACACACAUCAAGCACAUUCACACCUUCUUCGCUUUCAACACUGAACACAGUGUUCCACACGAUACUAACUCAAACCCCUCUCUCUCCAUGGCUUCUUCUUCUUCUUUCUCUUCUCUAUGCAGCUUCCUUCCCCUCACUCCAACCUCCACCUUCACCAAACCACCCAAGCUCCCUUACCUUACUGCACCUCCUACACUCUCUCCCCAGCUCCCAAAACGAUGUCGUUUCGCCACCUCCGUCACCAAGGAUCGCGAGGUAGCCGUCGUCAAGGACAACCAAUUCGAAGAGAAACGAUCGCGUUUCGAUGAUGCUGAUCCUGAUCGCCUCCUUAGCAGAGCCAUCAACACUGCCCUCGUUUUGGGAUUCGGAACUUUUGCUGUCUCCAAAUUGCUCACUAUUGACCAUGAUUACUGGCAUGGUUGGACCCUUUAUGAGAUACUAAGGUAUGUCCCUGAACACAAUUGGGUUGCUUAUGAGCAAGCUCUCAAGUCGAACCCUGUUUUGGCGAAGAUGGCAAUAAGUGGAGUUGUCUAUUCAAUUGGAGACUGGAUUGCUCAGUGCUAUGAAGGAAAGCCUCUAUUUGAGUUUGAUCGGACGCGAUUAUUCAGAUCAGGUCUAGCUGGGUUUACUCUCCAUGGAUCUCUUUCUCACUAUUACUACCAACUUUGUGAGUCUCUUUUUCCUUUCCAAGAAUGGUGGGUUGUCCCUGCUAAAGUUGCCUUUGACCAAACUGUGUGGGCAGCAAUUUGGAACAGCAUCUACUUUGUUGUUUUGGGUUUGUUGCGGUUCGAAUCUAUAAAUAACAUAUAUGGUGAACUGAAGUCAACAUUUUGGCCCAUGCUCACGGCAGGAUGGAAGCUUUGGCCUUUUGCCCAUCUGAUCACUUAUGGUGUGAUUCCUCUCGAGCAAAGGCUUCUUUGGGUCGAUUGUGUUGAACUCAUCUGGGUCACGAUACUUUCAACUUAUUCAAAUGAGAAAUCAGAAGCCCGAAUAUCCGACGGUGCAUCCUCAGAAACAAAGUCAUCUACAUUAAGCCAGAAGUCCAAUAAGGAGUAGGCAAGUUGGAAAUAGGGGGACAAAAUAUUCAGGUUCAUAACAGUUACAACUUACAAGAGUAAUCAACAUUGUGAAAAGCUCUUAAUUUGAAGACUCGUGAGUUAAAGGUCCAAUUGAAGGACCUUAGAAACUUGAGGUUGGUAUCUAUCUGCUGCCCAUACAGGAUACAGUUCUAUACAAAGGCGGUGCAUCCUUCCAUUUAGUAGUUGGUGUAUAGAUUAUAGAUGAUUGUAUAUAUAAAUAUAUUUACAAGUAAAGUCUAUCACGGUGCUGGGGAUUGACAAAGAAAAAAGGCCCCUUUAAUCAGUUGAACCUACAUUGCAGCUGCUUUAGUCCAUGGGCGAUGCAGUAUCUCUUAUGUUAAUGAAUGUAUCGGUAAAAUUGAUUUUGACAUUUGUUGAGCUAGUAUAGAGCUGGUCCCUUU